AUGGCCGGCGAGUGCUCGGAGAGGCGGAAGAAAGCCAAGCUGGCAAUUCUGGAGAUGGCACACAUGAUCACCGUCCCUAUGUCACUCACCGCCGUCGUCCGGCUCAACGUCGCCGACGCCAUCUGGCAGGGCGGCUCCAACGCCCCUCUCUCCGCCGCCGAGAUCCUCUCCCGCCUCCCUCCUCCCGCCUCCGGCGCGUCCCCAAAUCCCCGGAGCCUCCAGCGCAUCCUCCGGCUGCUCUCCGCCCACGGCGUGUUCGACGAGCAUAUUGACGCCGCCGCCGGCGGCGAGAGGAAGUACUCGCUGACGGAGGUCGGGGAGACUCUGGUCACGGAUUCCGACGGGCUUUCUUUUGCCCCGUACAUCCUCCAGCACCAUCAGGAGGAGCUGAUGAGUACAUGGUCGCUAAUGCACGAGACGGUGACGGACCCGACGACGGAUCCGUUCGUGAAGGUGCACGGCGAGGCGCCGUACGAUUACUACGGGAAGCGGCCGGAGAUGACGGAGCUGAUGCGCAAGGCAAUGUCCGGCACCAACGCGCCCUUCAUGAAAGCCAUGUUGGAGGGCGACUAUGCUGGUUUCGACGGUGUCAAGAGAUUGGUCGACGUCGCCGGGAACAAUGGCGAUUGCCUACAAAUGAUCCUCCACAAGUACCCUCACAUCGAACAAGGAAUCAACUUCGAUCUGCCGGAAGUCGUCGGCAAAGCGCCUGAAAUUCCCGGAGUGACGCAUGUGGGUGGAGACAUGUUCAAGUCCAUACCUAGUGGCGAUGCCAUCUUCAUGAAGUGGGCUUUGACGGCGUGGACGGAGGAGGAAUGCAAUAAGAUACUGGAAAACUCCUACAAGGCCCUGCCGGAAGGAGGGAAGAUGAUCGUCAUCGAGCCGGUGCUGCCGGAGCAGAGCGACCACAGUCUCAGGACUCGAGCCCUGCUGGAAGCCGACAUUUUCAUGAUGACCAUUUACAGGGUCAAGAGCAAGCAGAGGACUGAAGAAGAGUUCAAGCAGCUUGGUCUGGCUGUUGGCUUCUCGAACUUCAAGGCUUUCUACUAUGUUGAUUACUUCUUCACUCUCAUGGAGUUUCAGAAGUAA